CGAACGCCUUUCUAACGGACCCAAUAGCCAUGGCCGACUCCUUCCCCGCUUGCGUGCUGUGCUGCAAUGCUAUCGACAACGCUUCCCGCUUCAACACGGUGGGCGUGUGCAACCACUCUGGCUGCUGCAGUAUCUGCGCGUUGCGUCUUCGUCAGCUUCUAGGCCAGACCUCGUGCGUCAUGUGUAAGACGGAUAUGCCUCGUGUCAUCUGCAUAUCGAAUGAGGACCAAAGCUUCGAGUCGUUCCAGGACUGGGGAGACAAUAUCGGCCCCUCGCACGUAUUUGACGAUACCUCGGGUAUGUUUUUCCUCAAGGAAGACUACACCAAGCGCAUCCGCAAGCUCCGGGACCCUCUCUGUAAGAAAUGUGGCAAGAAAUUCGCCACCGUGAGCGCUCUCCGUACGCACGUACUAGACGCGCACGGCCUGCAGUACUGCAGUAUUUGUCUGGAGAACAAGAAAGUAUUUUUAGAGGAACUGGAGCUGUUCACCAAGGACCAACUGAAAAAACACAACAACAAGGGCAACCCGCACGAGGGAUUUAUGGGUCACCCACGCUGUGAUUUCUGCUUUUCCAGGUUUUAUUCCACCACGGAGCUGUACGACCACUUGAGGAAGAACCACUUUGAGUGCGAUAUUUGUCUGUACCAGCUCAACGUGCAGAACCGGUACUACAAGGACUACAACGACCUCGAGAACCACUUUCGAGCCGACCAUUUCUUGUGUGAGGAGCGUGAAUGUCUGGCCAAAAAGUUUGUCGUGUUCAAGUCGCAUCUGGACCUUCAGGCCCACUUGACUGUGGACCACCCACACAUCAAGACGAGUCGCAAGAUCGACGUGCAUUUUACAGUCCGUCGGGCGUCCCAGGGAGACGAAGAGGACUUCGAAGAUCCGCGAUUGUUCGAGCAGCAAGGCCCAGGUAGCCACACGAUCAAUGUGGCUGAUUUCCCGUCUCUAUCGGGCUCGGAUAGUGCUGCUGCGGGGCCUUCGUUCUCGUUAUGGGAGAACCAGGCGGCCUCUCAUCGUCCUCGAGCCGAGGACUUCCCUGCUCUCGCCGCUUCAGGCUCUUCUAACCGAUCUGGAUCGACGUUCCGAAAUGCACUGGCGCCGCCCCCCUCAGCUGCUCUGCGUGCUCACAUGGACAACAACGGGUGGGAGUAUGAGAGUCCAGACUUGGCUUCAGCUGCUGCCGUCUUGGGCGCCAACAACCCGCUGCUUGGAGUGUUGAAACCUGCUCGUAAGAAUAAUAAAGGCAGGAAGAAAGGUCGGAAGUCCGGCGGCUUGGAAGAGAAGCUCGCGGCUCCGAUUGUAGCUCAAGAAGAAGAAGAAGAGUCGGAGGAAGAAGAAGUGGGGCCUGCACCGUCCAAAACCGCAGUGGUGCUCAAGAUCCGACAAGCUCUGGGCAGUGACGCCAAGUAUGAAGUGUUUCGUGAAGACUGCAAGCGCUUCCGCUUGGGUGAGACCGAAGCCCCGGCCUUCUACUCCAAGAUGCGCGACAUGUUCUCUUCUGCGGACUUCUCACAGCUCUUCCUCCCACUCAUGAGACUUUCUCCGGAUAAGGAACAAGUGGAUACAUUUUUUGCAUACCACAAGCAAGUGACGAAACAAGCCAAGACUCAAGGCUUCCAACAGUCCCAAUCCAAGCGUAACAAGAAGGCAGCUAAGCAGCAGGUUGAACUGGAGCCAAAAGCCUCCACUCCACGUCGAAAGAUCCAACGCCAGCCACCACAACCGUCACAAGCUGGGUGGGGCAACGCGUUGAAGGAGAGCGGCGUUAGGGCUGCUUCUGGACGUAAACCUUCCGCCAUUGUGCACAACACGAACAUGCGUGCAAUGCUGGGACGUGACACGCUGCCUACAACUCAAUGGAGCUCGUCUGGAAGCUGGCAAGCGCCUCCUCCUGCGGCGUCCAGUGCGUCAGCGUACCCUGCUCUGGGUCGUACCCCUACGAGUACCAAGCUCCAGACUGCUCCCAGUGAAGCCUUUGCUAGUCUUAGUGUCUCUUCUACGCCCUCUUCUUCGUCCGGAUACGGAGCUCCUACGUCAGCGUAUGCAUCGAGCCCGACGCCAGUAUUGCGUCAGAUGACACCGCCACCCGCUCCAUCAAGUUUUAAGACAGCUAAGAGCGACUUCCCGGAGCUACCCAAGGCUGGUAAACCUGUCGGGGUGCAGCCAGUAACACGAGCGACUUGGGACGAUCAAGUGCAGUCAAUUGCUCACAACCGCGUUUCUAACGUUUCAAACGGAGGUCGGGGCAAUGGCAAGAAGAAACAGAAGAAGAAAAGCAUGACGCUCCAGGAAAUGGCCAUGCAUUUCGGUUAA